AUGGACCAAGGGCACUCCCUGUCCUGGUCGGACAUUCCUCCGUCCAAUGACGAUGAAUUCACCAAUUUUCUUGAGUUUGGAAUGCAGUUUCCCGACGUGGAUGGUCAUCCUCAACCCGACCAUCACGCUCCUCGUCCGUUGACUCAUGCUGUCACCAUGUCUAUGCCUGUCUCGGCCGCCCCUGCGCAAGAGCAAUUGACUAACUUGGAUACUAACUCCAUAAGUGCGCCUGCAUCGUCGUACAGCCCCAUGAUAGAUAAUGGAUUUGCUUUGGAUCUUGUCCAUCACGGACAGGAAGGCCAGCCACAUGGCUCGUCCUACUCUACCGCUCCAGUCACCCCGGCCUUCUAUGCACCCAAACCACCCAUUUACCAUCAUCAACAACACCCCCCAGUAGCGGAUCAGUCGCACUCAUUAUCUCAACCCACACAAUCCGUGCCCCAAUCUUUUGUGCCCCAGGGCAGACCUGUCAUUCCCCCCACCCCGGACAGCAUCGAGUUUCAUGGAACUGCUGCUACAUACCCUCAGCGGGUUGACGGGACCCGUGAAGUCUACGAGCCGUUUGGCCGCGCGAAUGAUGAACAGGCUCUUUACACUCCGCUUGUCUCGCCGGCUAUGACACCGCUGGAAUCGCAGUUUCGUCUUCCUGAAUACACUAUACCUGGAGAGUACUUCACCCCUCUCACAUCCCCGGCUCUCGAGGCACAGCAUACGAACUCAACCAAUUAUCCUUUCCAUUCCAGCCAGGUGUCGGAGAUGGGGUUUGUGCCUUCACCUGCCGAGCAUUCCCUCACCAUGUCGACUAACGUUUCCUCGCCGGGGGUGAUGCGGAAACAUCGCCGACAGCCGUCCAGCACAAAAUCCUUUUCGGCUCGUGCGAAAAAGCAACAGUCGCCUUCAGUUCGGCCGCAAACACGCAAAAAGUCCUUGAUGAGCCUUAAUCCAGAUGAGGUUUUCAGUAGUCUCAGUCAGGACCAGGCUGUGCAUUUACCACAAACACCCGGUGGAAGCGGACUUCGUUAUGCCAGCAAUGAGAGCUCUGGUCAAGAUUCUGUGUCACCGGAGCCCCUCUCCGAGCCCUUGAUGCCCCCGCCCGCUUUGCCUCCCUCGCGGAGGUCGCCCGCCAUCCGCCCUCAACCGGCCCGACCCCCUGAACCAAGUGAACCUGCGACGCCGGCGAUGCUGAUGCGCAUUCAACGGUCACCGCUCUCAAUCAGUCAAACUGUGCCUCCGUCCAACCUCACUGUGUCGGAAACCCAGGAUGACGUGAUGGAGGAUGUGAUUCUUCCCGAGGCCGCAACAUCGCUGGCUCCUUUCGCAAGACCCCAACUGACCCGCAUCGAAACCACGGUGCAGGCAAAUACGGUGUCAUCGGCGACCUCGGGAAAUAUAAACCCAGCUCUGGAGCCAAAAUCUGCCAAACGAAACACUUCUCUAGCUCCCAGCCCUCGCUCAAUUGCUAUGCCAUCACCCAGCGGCCCGCUGCCCAAGAAAUCGGACACGCCCAAGUUAGGUCCGUUAGGACGAAAGCGACAGAGCAUGAGUUCCUCGCAAGCUAGUCCCAGUCUGCGUCCAAAAAUCAGUCCCAGCAUUCAGCCAUUAGUUCGUGGGGAUGCAAUGUCAAGUGAAACUUCAGCUCUGUACCUGGCAUCCAAGUCUAACUACCAGCACAUCUUAGACGGCACGCUUCUGCCCGGCGUCUCCUAUCCUGAGACUUUAGCUGAGAACCUCAGCUCAAAACGGACCAACCACAAGCUAGCCGAACAGGGACGAAGAAAUCGUAUUAACAAUGCACUUAAGGAAAUCGAGACACUCAUUCCUGCAUCCUUUAUCCAGAUGAAGCAUCCUAAAGAGGUGGCUGUUUGUCCCAUGAAAGGGGCGGAUAAAGAGAAAGAAAAAGCGAAUAGCCAGCCAAUCAGCAAGGCCAGCACAGUGGAGAUGGCCAUUGACUACAUCAAAAGCCUUCAGCAGGAACUCGAAGAGACUAAAGGUAGACUGGCUGCCGCGGAGAGCCUCCUAGGGAAUUCAAAGCCCGAAUCAAAUCAGGACAACGCCCUUGCGGGUGCUGAAAAUGGACCGAAAGUGCAGUCGGCAGUCGAAAGCUGA